AGAGAGAGAAGGGAAGGGUAGAUAGGAAGGUAGGAGGUAGUGAGAAGGGUGGUGUGCGCGGGAGACGAGAUUCAACCACGAGAGAAAACCUCUACGAUGUACCGCAGUACGGGGUAGUGAGUCAGACUGUCUCGUGGUGAUGUGAAAAAGCGAGCAUCCAUCAAGAAACACGGCUAGUGGCGAACGAGCACGACAAACAACGCGUUUCGUGACAAAUAUAGGCUUUAAGAUUUGAUCGAAUACAAGGAUGUCCCUCGAAUUCCGCCAUUUCGAAACUCGUGAAAUCCGAGUGUCAGUCGUGGAUACAAGGAAGCAAGUUUCUCAGUAUUGUUGGCAUUGACGUCGAGUGCGGACCGGUGAAAACCGCAAGAGGAUCAAUUGCAAGCGUCACAAGCGUCUUAAUCGGCCAUGAUCGUUCUACGAAAAUGAUCUCCAUAGUGUCUGGAAAGCGCGCGCGCGCGUGCGGUAUCAUCAAUUUCUCCUCACCAAGCAAAAAAAGCGCGAAUUCCAAUGCGAACAAAACGAAAAUCGAUGAAUGAAAAAUUCUUCUCACGAUCGAAAGUAUAAAAAUCAUUCGAUGUAUCUCCGAGACGGAGGACAAGAACAGAUUUUCUGGAAUAUUUUCUGGAAAUAACGUCGAAAAGACGUUCACGAUUGGAACAAUGAUUUUGACGAUCGAAAUAGAAAAAAUCUAUUAAACGUUCGAUGUAUUGUUAAUUCGAUUUUGGAUAUACACGAAUAUUUAACACGAAUAUCAGCUGAAUAAGAUUUGUCAAGAGAAAACUGGCUCGUUUUAUAAUUACGCAAAAUUUGUUGAUAUUGUUUUUAUUGAUUAUAGAGAAAGAGAUAUACUAUAGAUACAUAUACAUAUAUAUAUUGGUAUAUAUCUAUAUAUAUGUAUAGAUUGCGUUGACGAUCGAGACAGUCAUCGUCGAACGACGACGUCUACUUUUUAAAGAAUUUCCACACUUUCCUACAUACAAUUACGAUGGUAAUUCGCUUUAUCUAAUCGUUGAAACGAAAUAUUGAAGAAAGUUGUUGUUGAAACCGGGCAUCAUCGUGUUACUUUGUUACGUGCCUGAUCAUUCUCGUUAAAAUUCGUAUGUUCGUUGAACUUUAAAAAAAAUGAUCGAAGACGAUCGUGGAAUUUUACGUCGGCUUACGUCGUUCUGUAAUCGUAAGAUUCGUUCGAAAAUUACUACACGUAGGAGGUUACGAUUCAGAUUCUGAAGCUACUUCAUGAAUGUUAAGAUAAAUAUUUAACGAAGAUAGAAAAAAAAAAGAAAUAUUAGUAACGCUGUAGAAGUAACGAGACAAGAAACUGUAAUAAAUAUAAAUGAGAUCGUUAACACUUUUCUCCGUUGUUAUCUUUUCCAAAAGAUCGAUGAAAGUUAUUUUCACAAAUUGAAAAUUCCUGUAAGAAUCGUAAGAAGAUACCUACUUUUCAUGCAAAUUGGAUAGAAUAUUCCGUAACAAAUAGUAGUGAGAUACGAGCUGGAAUGAUGUAUCUCUCUUUCUCUCUUUCUCUUUCUCAAUAUUUUUCAGACGAUUAGUAUCUAAAAGAGUAAGAGACAAAAAGGGAAGAAAGUGAAGUAAGAAAAAAAAAGAAACAAAAAAGAAAUAAAAAGAUAGAAGAGAGAAUAAGAGGAUAUCGAAAAGACUUAAAAAUAAAAAAUAUAUAUAUAUACCAAGGAAGAGGAAAAAUAAAAGUAUAGGUGCUUGUCGAAGAAAAGCUCAUCGAAAUUCCGGUUGUACGGAGAUUCAUCAUGAAAGGAAGCGCUACGUGCGAUCGAUGUAAUCGAUGCCCGGAUCAAAGAGCAAAGUGGACAAGCAGAAGCGAGGAGCGCCUAAGAUCGAGAUAUCUGUCACGGGGUUAUCGAACGAGGAGAGCAAAGUGAGGUUGUCAGGCAGGAAACAAAAGAAAAAAGAGGAAGAGGAGAAUCGAUCGAACGAAUCAGCGAUCGGACAAAUUCUUGGACUUCUGAAAAAGCGUCGAAAACCUCGGGAUCCUCUUCCGGGUGCGAACGCAUCCUCUACGGUGCCCUUGCUCGAAAUGGGUGCUCGUGGAUGGGAUUACGAGGCCUUGCCGGAAUUACAUACUUCAACAGCAGUUACGCCAACGUCGACGCCUCCAAAUGCUCAACAAAAGUCCCACCCACCUAGGGUUUACUUCCAAGCUGAAAAUCUGGCUACUACUAGAAGACGAAGUAGUUCAAGAUUACUUGCCCCACAGACAUCAUGUAGAAGACGAAGUCGAAGCAUGAGCGCGUGGAGCGAUCUAUCAAGGUCAUCUUUCAGAUUGGACGAAAGAGUUCGCGUCGAGUACUACGUUAACGAGAAUACCUUCAAGGAACGACUUCAGUUGUAUUUCAUCAAGAACCAACGUUCGAGUUUAAGGAUACGACUUGCCAAUCUUUUCUUUAAACUCCUGACAUGUUUCCUCUACAUAUUCAGAGUUAUAAUCGACAACGAUCCAACUUUUGCAGCAUGUUACGGAUGUACGCCCGGAAACAAAACGGAGUUUCUUGCAUCCCAGAAUCUCACCGAAGAAGAAUUUCAGGAGCAUCCAACCAUCAACUGGGACGCGAUCCUAUGGGUAAGAAGACCUUUGGAGCUUUGGAUAGUACAGGUGAUCCUGGCGAUGGUAUCGCUCACAGAAGCUUUACUACUUGCUUAUCUUGGGUACAAGGGUAACGUCUGGCAGCAGCUUCUAUCGUUCCACUUCAUAUUGGAGUUAGUCAACACUAUACCUUUCACGAUUACGUUACUAUAUCCACCUAUGCGAAAUCUUUUCAUCCCGGUGUUCUUAAACUGUUGGUUGGCCAAACAUUCAUUGGAGAAUAUGUUUAAUGAUUUGCAUAGAGCCAUGCAAAAAUCUCAGUCGGCUUUGAGUCAACAGCUUAUGAUCCUUAGUGCAACGUUACUGUGCCUUGUCUUUACUAGCGUAUGCGGAAUCCAACAUUUUCAAAGGGCAGGGCACAGGCACUUGAAUCUGUUUCAGAGCACGUAUUUCGUCGUCGUAACAUUUUCUACAGUAGGUUACGGAGACUUCGUGCCCGAUAUUUGGCCCUCGCAGCUUUAUAUGGUUAUUAUGAUCUGCGUCGCUCUCAUAGUAUUACCAACACAGUUCGAACAGCUGGCUUUUACCUGGAUGGAACGACAAAAGUUGGGUGGCUCUUAUUCGUCUCACAGGGCGCAAAGCGAAAAACACGUAGUCGUUUGCAGUACGACGUUACACGCUGACACCAUCAUGGAUUUCUUAAAUGAAUUCUACGCUCAUCCCUUAUUGCAGGAUUAUUACGUCGUUCUCCUAUCCCCGAUGGAACUCGACACGACGAUGAGAAUGAUCCUACAGGUGCCGAUCUGGGCGCAAAGAGUGAUUUAUAUUCAGGGAUCCUGUCUGAAAGACGGCGACCUAGCAAGAGCUAGGAUGAACGAGGCGGAAGCUUGUUUCGUCCUUGCUGCGCGAAAUUACGCUGACAAAACGGCUGCCGACGAGCACACGAUACUAAGGUCGUGGGCGGUAAAGGAUUUCGCUCCGAACGUCCCACAGUACGUUCAGAUUUUCCGUCCAGAGAACAAGCUCCACGUGAAAUUCGCGGAACACGUUGUUUGCGAGGACGAGUUCAAGUACGCUCUUUUAGCGAAUAAUUGUACGUGUCCUGGCGCAUCGACCUUGGUCACGCUCCUGCUACAUACCUCGAGAGGACAGGAGGGGCAACAGUCGCAAGAGGAAUGGCACAGACUAUACGGCAAAUGUUCCGGCAACGAGAUUUACCAUAUAAUCCUCGGAGAUUCACGAUUCUUUGGGGAAUACGAGGGCAAGUCCUUCACUUACGCAUCCUUUCACAGCCACCGGAAAUACGGCGUUGCGUUGGUGGCCGUCAGACCCGCUGAACUUCCCGAAUUUUACGAAGACACCAUUCUCCUCAAUCCCGGUCCCAGGCACAUAAUGAAAAAGACAGAUACCUGCUACUAUAUGAGCAUUACGAAGGAAGAAAACUCAGCGUUCGUUGUAGCAAAUCAUCAAAGUAGUGGUGCCGAGCCUGCUCAAGUAGUCGUCGAGACGAAAACUGAUGCGACUUCUGGUAGUACAACGGGUAGUGGCUCAACAACGAAUACCAACGCAACGACGAACACAAUAACAACGACGAUAACUUCUUCGUGCAUAGCACCUACGACAACUACCACUACAACAACCACGAUGACCCUCACAAUGAGCUGCAGUACGCCAGGAACCGGUGGUUCAGCAGGAGGUGGAGGUGGUGGAGGAGGAGGAGGAGGAGGAGGAAGUGCUGGGAACGGUACUGCAAUGAGCCACGGUGCUGCCGAACAGCAUCGGCCAUUUUCCAACAGUUGUAACGUUGCUCUCAGCGAAACAUCCUCAAGGCAGGAUACCUGCACGGGGCCCCGAGGACAGCAGGCUCGUACCACGAACGGUACCACGCCCGCGAAUGCUCCCAGGGCCCCGUUACCGCCACAGGUUAUUUUGCAGGUCCUCCCUAGCACGCCCACACCACACCAACACCACCUACUCGCAUCCGAUGUCCACCCGACUUAUCUCGAUCCCGGAGGGUUAGGAGAUUCGAGACCGUAUUUAAAAGAAACUUGCUCUACUCCACAAACACCGAUUACGGGGAAUCACCUUGAUGUACCGCGUUCUCUCGAUCCUAAUCCAAAUCUUCUUAGUCCAGAAAUUCUCACUCAAAGAAGAGGAAGCAGAAGGCCGAGUAUCCUACCUGUGCCUGAUAUGUUAACGAGCUCAACCUUGCAUCUACCAGGGCAAGAAUCCUUGGAUCAUGAAGGAGAUGAAUCCGAGGACGAGAUGGACGACGAUGUUCCGUGGAGAUCACCGAGUGAAAAGAUAGCAUUCAAAGGGAUAGUCAAGGGUUUUCCACCGGUAUCGCCUUUUAUCGGAGUUUCUCCUACUUUGUGUUACCUUUUGAAGGAAAAGAAACCCCUUUGCUGUCUACAAUUAGCUCAGGUUUGCGAACACUGCACCUAUAGAAACGCUAAGGAAUAUAACUGGCAGAACAAAACAAUAAUUCUCGCCGCUGACUACGCCAGUAAUGGAAUUUACAACUUCAUAAUUCCUCUACGAGCACACUUCAGGUCGAAAACAUCGCUAAAUCCUAUCAUUCUCCUUCUCGAAAGAAGACCAGAAAUCGCCUUUUUGGACGCAGUAUCAUAUUUUCCCCUCGUGUAUUGGAUGCUGGGAUCCAUCGAUUGUUUGGAUGAUCUCCUUCGUGCUGGCAUCACUUUAGCGGAAAAUGUCGUCGUUGUGAACAAGGAACUGAGCAAUUCCGCAGAGGAAGAUACUUUGGCCGAUUGCAAUACCAUCGUCGCGGUUCAAACGAUGUUCAAAUUCUUUCCAAGCAUAAAGAGCAUAACAGAAUUGUCCCAAUCGAGCAACAUGCGUUUCAUGCAGUUUCGGGCACAUGACAAAUAUGCUCUUCAUCUCAGCAAAAUGGAAAAGGUACUCCUCAGUGCUACUUCCGGUGACAACUACCACAAUGAGCCUCCGAUGGGCUCUCCGAGAGAAAAGGAAAGGGGAUCUCACAUAUCGUAUAUGUUCCGGUUGCCAUUUGCCGCUGGUAGUGUCUUCAGCGCCUCAAUGCUCGACACGCUCCUCUAUCAAGCUUUUGUCAAGGAUUAUGUAAUAACAUUUGUAAGAUUGCUGCUUGGGGUCGAUCAGGCCCCUGGAUCUGGAUUUCUAACGUCGAUGAGAAUAACAAAGGACGACAUGUGGAUACGAACCUACGGCAGAUUAUACCAAAAGCUUUGCUCAACUACCUGCGAGAUUCCAAUUGGUAUUUACAGAACGCAGGACACAACAGUAUCGGAUACUUCGCACGGCGACUCAGACGCAGAGAGCGACGCCGGCGUCGGCGUGACGUACAAGGUGCGUCAUUCGGCGGCAGCAUCAUGCCUUGCAAAUUGCUCCACCCGUGACAAGGGUACUUCAGCCUAUUCGGUGAGUCUCGGCGACGAGGCACGCGACAACCAUGCUCAACAGAUCGAGAGGGCUGAAAUCGCAAACCUGGUACGUUCGAGAAUGGAAUCACUGAACCUACCAGUUGCGGACUACGACGACGUCUCGGAGAAACGGAACAACCUGUCCUACGUUAUCAUCAAUCCGAGCUGCGACCUAAAACUGGAGGAGGGCGACAUAGUCUAUCUCGUGAGGCCAAGUCCGUUCUCAGCCCAGAAGACCUUCGAGCGUCACAACUCACGGCGUAAGAGCAACAUCAGCUUUUGCUCGGCUCAGCUAGUCUCGCAGAUGAACGCAACCGUCGCCUCGGCUGGAUUUACCGGUGGUCCGGGUAGCCGUCGAGGUUCAGCCAUAGGCUUGGCCAGAGCACCGCCAUUAGGUACCACCAAAUCGAACUCUUUGUCUCUUCCCGACAGUCCUACCGUUGCCGGUACGCUUCGAGGCCGUUCAAAUUCCCUGAGAGUCGUCGACGACAUUCUGUUGCGACGUAGCAACUCCUUGAGACAAGGACUGACGGUCUCAAGGAGGAAGAGCAGUCUAGAAGACAUCGGGCUGGGCGCUCUCUCGCAUCCCACCAAUCAUAAUCCUAUAAAGAUCGCGCUGAAUGGAUCCAUCGGUUUGGAAGUGACGCCACCCGAGGAAGGUUCUUUGGGUGGUGGUGGUGCUAGUAAUACGGGCAUACUCGACAUCGGUCUCCCAUCCAUGCCGAGUCUUGGCGUUGGAGUUGGAUUCGGACCGACGCUAGCUCCAGGACUCUGCAGUUCCUUGGGCGGCCUAUACGAUCCGUCUACUCUUCAGAGUCCUAUGGUGCAAUCACCUCAAUCGCCGCAAAUUCAAGCUGCCACGCAGGAUCCACAGCACAUACAGGGGACGAUAGUAUGAUAUAACCUUAUGUGGGGACGCAGACUCUCUGGCGUAGUGCGAAACAAAUGGCUCUAGCGUUCCCACAUUAGGUAUUAGAAUCGUACAUCGUUAGCGAGCGUAGCGUGCUUGCCCGUAAUGAACCGGUGGAAGCACCCGAUUCACUCAAACGGCUUGGAAUUGCGAUGGAAAAUGUGCAAACCGCAUUGCGACUUUUCCAUCGUCUUCCUAAUCCGAAUAGAACGUAGACGAACCCAAGUAGAUACUCCUAUGAUGCAGUAAUAUUUCCUUACAGUUACUCGAAGCGAAUUACAAACUGUGAUAUACUAUACUUUCGUAUACGUUGCAUUAUCUCGUUGGGACUAAUUUUUUAAUUCGACACAUUUUAUUACUCUUUUUUUUUGUUUGUUUUCUUAACAAACGAUAUUACGAUCAAAGAUGUAACUUCAUCUUUUCAUUAAAUAUUUGGUAUGUGUUCAGUAAAACAAGAUAUAUAUUCAUAAUUGUCGAAAGAAGACAUUUUUGUGAACGAUUUACUACUGUCAUCACAAACUAUAUACUUACAAACAGUUGUUUGCAUAGUAAUGUGAUUGGCGAAACGAGAUAUCUUUCUGUCAAUCGUAAAUGGUCAACGUGAUACGACGUUCAGAGCAAAUGAUAUAUAUAUAUAUAUAUAUAUAUAUAUAUAUAUAAUAUACAUAUAUAUGUGUGUCAGGCUCGUAACUAGAAAGAACCAAAGAAUAUUAACGUGAUUUAUUCAUUAUUUGAAAAGUUAAACCUUUCGAUCGGUGACAAAUAUCUAAUUUGGAAUUUCUUAAGUACAGCAAAGGGACUUGACGAAAGGGACUUGAUAUAUUCAACAAAUUAUUACUAAUUUUAUUAGAAGUGAUUUAUAGUUUUCCGUAUAUGCGAGAUAGUAAAUUCGAAAAAGAAAGAAAGAAAUCCGAAUUAGAUAGAUUUUACCUGAUCAAUUUGGUACAUUCUCGACUUCAAAAAACAAAGGAUAUUAACGUGAAUAUCCGCUUAGAGAAAUUCCAAAUAAUUUUAUACUAGGAGAAUUUACGGUGAGAGUAUACAAAAUACAAAAGAAUAUGUAUGUAUAUAUAUAUAUUCUACACAUAAGAACAUAUAUAUACAAAACAGAGUAUAUAUAUAUAUAUAAUUAUAAAUAUAAAAGAAUAUAUAUAUACAUAUAUAUAUAUGAUUAUAAAUAUAAAACUAUGACCAUUCUAAUCAUAUCAGUCAACAAUGACAUUCGAAAAAGUCAUCGUACUAUACGUAGGUAUAUUAAAACCAAAAAAACCGAGUAGAAGAGGCGUAGAUGCUUAAGAUACGUAAAAAUUAAAGUUUCAACAGGAUUCGGAAAGAUGCUUUUCAUUAGCAAAGUUUCUAUUUUCAAAUCUGAUCCGAAAUUGUACGAACGAUUCGAUCGAUAUGAAAGGAAAUUCAAUCCUAAUGUGAACAAUACAAAUGUUUCUUCAUCUCUUGUAUUAAUUCCAUAGUAAAUUAUAAUGCAUAUUGCAAAAUGAUAAAUUUUAUGGAUACUCAUCCAUAAAAAAUUAUUUAGCGUUAGCAAAAGGGCAAAGACGUUCCUGCUUUAUUUGGACAAUCCGUUUUAUUAGUUAUUUCGGAAUCCAUGCCAAUCCUGAAAUGUCUUAAGAGUCUAUUUUUUGACUUUUUCAGCGCCAAAUUCUCGGCGUUUCGAGCCAAAUGCGAUCGUUCGUUGACCAAUUUACACGUUUUUUCGACCAAAUCGUCAUCCUUCGCGUGAUACGUAUUUACAUAUUGCUUGGAAAUUGCUUUUACUAGCCCUGCCAUUAACGACGCUACGAUUUCAAUCAGUCGAAUUAGUUCGUCUCGUAUUUGCCUCAAAUGCGAUAAUUCUUACCAAUUACUAUUAUCAAUUUUAUUGUAUCUUACAGCAAGACGAAUUUCACAGGAAAAUCAAAAUAACUUAUUAAUGACCUUACUUUAUACAACUUUCUCUUUGUCUCUUUUUAAUGUCAUGCAUACAAUAGACAAUAUUUUAUCCUAGAGCAAUGAUCAUACUAAUUCCUAUAACAGAGGUAUGCACUUUGAAUUAUCGCAUUGUUUCAUGAAUCUUUGAUUAGUCAUCUUAUUGAAAGAAAAAAAUGUUCAACACUAUAGUUUUAUUAUUGGUAGAAUGCGAUCUUGGUUUCGAUCGGCGAACGAACUUUUAAUUUGAUAGAAAUCGGCGUUGAAGUAAUUUUAAAUAUUCUUGUAAGUCGUUUCCUCGAUCUCUUCUUAUAUUCGCUUUUCUCACAUUCGCUCGGUACAUUUUUCUCGUAAUAUAGAACGAAGAGUGUUGAUUAUUAAGAACAAAUAUGGAUUAUCUUCGUUAGAACGACGAAGACUCGGUAGCGUUUUGUAUAUAUAUAUAACGUAUAGGUAUAUAGCACAUGCGUGAGGUAUUUUUCAGUAGGAGGUAAUUUUCUAUGUCCUAAAUCAUAAAAGCUCGAAUAAAAAAAUUCGAGAAAUUCAUGCGACUUCAUCUUGACGUUAACGCGUUAAGAAAAUAUUCGCGGAGUCUCAUAUAUUUUUUCCGAAGAGCAUAUUUAAAAUAGUCGCCGAUGAGUACGAGGAAUCGAAAAAAAACUGUUUGAUGUUAUCGACCGGACGAAUUAAGGGUAUAAAAAGAUUUAACUCUAAAAUCUCUAUUGGAACUCAUUUGAGUUAACAUUUAUUGUCGAUCGUUAACAGAGUACAAAUGAAAUAGUUAUUUUUCUUUUCUUUCCUCGCUCGAAUAAACAUUUAUCGCUUGACUACUCGCGCGUAGCUCGAUUUUCUCGGAAAAAAAUCGAUUGUCAUGUUUUACCUUCUACUUCUCGAUACUUACAUUGAUUUAAAAUAGAUAUAAAUCUUUUUAAAGAAUUAUUACGAUCGACCUCUCGGUAUGCAAAAACAGAAAAAUGACGAGCGAACGACGAUAUCGAAUAUUUUACUUCCCUCUAGAAAGUGUAGAGAUUAUUAUGGAGGAAUAACUGAGUACUGAAAAAAUAAAUUACAAAAUUUGUCCGCAUACCAUAAUUCGUUGUCACGGUAGCGAUACGAGUGGUAGUUCAAAGAUGUAUAUAGUUGGUUAUAUAUCUAGACGAUAGGAUCAUCUUACAAACAUAUGACCUGAAUCUUCGUAGUUUAAUUGGUACGAAUAGUUGAAAGAAUUUUAUGCUGUGGAGGACGACCGCCCAAACGAUGUCCUGAAUGGGGAAACUUCGAAUGUGUUUUUUCUAGUAAUUUAUAACUUAAGUAAUUCAAAUGUAUACAAAAUUAUAAAGAAAGAAGAGAAGGUAUUAUCGCUUGUUCUAAUAAGCUCGAUGUCUUCGUAUACUUACAAUAUUCAUCCUAAGAUAAAUCUUAACAUUUUAUGAUAAAAAAUAAAAUAUAUUCAACAAAGAUGAAUGUAGCUAUACGAAGAUAGUCCAAGAUUGGUAAAAUGUGAUGAUUCCUUAUUUAGGACAAAUUUAACCCUUAAAAGCUCUAAUGACAAAAAUCGCGUUAAUGCUAUUUAUUAUAUUUAUAUAUAUUUUUUAAAUGUCAUCGAAGUAUAUUAUUUGUUAUUUUAUAAAGUUAAUAUCAAUCAAAAACAAAAACAAAUGCAAUUGUUUUUAUUAUCAUCUAAUAUUAGAUGAAAAUCAUCUAAAGUAAUUUGUGCAGCGUUUGCCGUGAUACAUAGCCAUGAUUACGGCAAACAAAUAUUUUUUUUUGCACUUUGUGCAUUUACUCCAUACUUCUUUUCUUCUUGAAGUAAAACUUUAGCCAUUAUAGACUUUAAGGGUUAAACGAAAUAUUUUCAAUCUCAUCGGAUGGUCGACUAUACGUUUAUGAACGGCUGAUGACCAAUUUCUAUUUCUUAGCCUUUUUGCAUUUGUUCAUUUCUUCUCGAUCUAACGAUACGAUCUUUGCCAAAAUGUGGAAAACAAGUUCGCGUCUUGUGAACAACGAUAUCGCGACUUUCUAUUUAACGAAAAAAUCAUCAGAAUCGAAGCACAAAUUUCUCACAAUUUCUAAUACUUAGUCCGUGUAUAAUAUUUGUAAAUUCUAUUGUAUUACAUUUUCAUUUACCGAAUCUCAGAAGUACUCUUGUAUCUCUUUUCUUUCGUAAGCAUGACAGACAAUUCUUUUCGCACUGAGCACUGCACAAAUUUUGUUCUCACUUCAAAAAAAAAAAAAAAAUAAUAAAAGAAAAGAAAAAGAGAGAGAGAGAGAGAGAGAGAGAGAGAGAGAGAGAGAGAGAGAGUAUAGAACAAAAGAAUCUGGCGUAUCUCGACGACCUUAUUUCGAACGCACGACUACUACAUAGACGAACAUGUUCUUACAAUUAGAAUUUAAGCAAUUAAGCAUUCCUCGACCAUUAACAAACAAGAUUGUAAACGGAUGUACGUAAUGUAAAAUAAUAAAUGGAAAAAAAAAACGGAGAAAGAAUGUAAACUAUAUAUAUACAUGCAAUGUGUUGCAACGCGAUGCGAGUGUAAAUUUAUUAUGAAUAAAUUAUUAUAAAGCAAAGGAA